AUGGCCAAGGACAAAGAGCGAUCCAUCAAUCCCGCCGCGGCGCAACGAAAACAGGAUAAGCAAAAAUUUCUGAAGAAAGGAAAGGCGGAGGCGCUAGCACGGCGCAAUGAGAAGCUCGCACGACGUAAUCCUGAACGCAUCCAGCGACAAAUCAAUGAUCUGAAAUCGAUAGAGAAGUCGGGACAGAGGUUACGACCACGGGACAAAGAAUUACUAGAGGCAUUGGAGAAGGAUCUUCGUGCGGUGCAAAAGGCACGUGAGGCUCUCGGCGACAAAGCGCCCAAAUUCGCGCCAUUUCGUGGCGGCAGCGAAACAGAUGAGGAGGUACGGCGGAUACCAAUGCCGCGCGACACUCCACCUCCGAUCCCGCGGCAACACCAGCGAGGACAGGGUGGCGCAGGUGGCGAUUCUGAACGUCGUGGGCCGCAUCCCCUGCCCCCUAAGCCUCAGGUUGAGCAUAAGACUACAUACGAGGCUAAACCUGAGAUCCGCGAUCUUCGCCAGGAGGCUGUCAGCAGGUUUAUACCGGCGGCUGUGCGGGCGAAGCAGGACUCAAUCAGGGGACAUGGAAAGUUAUUAGAGCCGGAAGAAAUGGAUCGGCUUGAAAAGGCCGGUUAUCACGCUGGUCCUGCUGCGGUGCUCCGCCUAAGAUACAAUCCACUGAUGCUGACGAAGCACAGCGGUUGCUGGAUGAGGAGGAGGCGCGUUUCCGCGAGGAAAUGA